AAAGGUUAUCAUGACUCUCUUCUUUGGUUCUCAAAUACUACCACUUGUGCCAUUUUGUUGGAUAUUCACUAACGCUAUUGCUCCCUUUUUAUCGUUGUCGCAGGGCCCUCAAUAAUUCGCUAUUUCCUUCAUUUCUCAGCAGAAUGUCCCAAGAUCCUUCACAGAAUCCGCCUUUUCCCUUUGAAAGACCUUGCUUGUCAAUUUGGCAGAGGACGACUCGCCAUAACCCUUUGCUUCAUGAAGGUGCUUCCUCUCCAAUACCAUCUACAGCCGAUGCAGUUGUUAUAGGUUCCGGCAUGGCGGGAGCCGUGACUGCGUACGAAUUGUUGUCGGCGCCGAAUGGACCCAAAAAUAUCGUAAUGCUCGAAGCCAGAGAGGCCUGUUCCGGCGCCACAGGUAGAAAUGCGGGACACUGUCGUCCAGAUGCUUUCCGUGGAUUCGCCGCAUUUUCUAAAAUCCACGGCCCCGAGCAAGCAAUAAAGAUUAUCGAGCACGAGAAGCUCGUUCUUCAACUCGUCAAACGGUUUAUUGACACCCACAAGAUUGAAUGCGAUUUUGAUUACUGCAAGACCUUUGAUGUUAUCAUGGGAGAGGAUUUCUUUCGAUAUGUCACCAGCAGUUUUGAAUCCUUCAAGCAAUUUGGUGGCGACACGGCUGGCGUAACGUGGUUGGAACAAGAUGAAGCGCGAAAGGCAACUCGUGUUCCUGAGGCCCUUGGCGCAUUUGAGUGGAAUGCCGCAAGUCUUCACCCGGCAAAGCUUUGUCUUGCGGUCCUUGCCAUAGGUCGCGAUCUGAUAAUCCCAACCCCUUCGUUUUCAUCGACGACGCAAGUCGGAUGGAACGCUAGUCUUGGGCACCAGUCGGGUAUUCCUGGCCUCAGCGAAGCCACACGUGCUGAACUUGCUUGCAAAAAUGACCGGGUAUUUAAUGAGGAAAUUCAAGAAGAUGCGGUUCGAUCAUUCAAGAAGAUAUUUCCUGAUUUCGGAGAGGAGGCUCUGGGAGAGGGACUGGAGUAUGGUUGGACAGGUAUACUCGGCAUGACUAAAGAUUCGGUGCCGUUUGUCGGAGCAGUUCCUGGUUGUCCAGGUCAGUAUGUCCUAGCCGGGUUCAAUGGUCAUGGAAUGGCGCGUAUUUUUGGUUGUGCACCUGGUCUAGCACAGAUGGUUCUCGGGGGAAACUGGGAAGAUACAGGGAUGCCGGAAUGCUUCCAGAUCACCGAAGAGCGGAUGGCAAAACUAAGACAGUGAAGGUAAGUAGAAUAAGAUUAGAUGAUUGCAUGUCAGCGGUCCCAACAUUGUAUCCGACUAUUCUAAGUGACAACUUGAAGUCAACAAGUAUGA